ACACUUUCAUUUGUUUUUAAUACAGGGCCCCCUGGAGCAGCUGUCCCUCCACCUGCAGGCUACCCAGGAGGCUUGCCUAUGGGAUACUACAGUCCACAGCAGCCCAGUACCUUCCCCUUGUACCAGCCAAUUGGUGGUACCAGUCCUAUCCAGUAUCAGCCUGGCAAAUAUCCUACGCCAACUCAGCCUGUGCCAAUAGCAUGGAUGCCAGGGCCAACUCCUAUGCCAAACUGUCCUCCGGGUCUGGAAUACUUAGCUCAGCUGGACAACAUACAUGUUCUUCAGCAUUUUGAGCCUCUGGAAAUGAUGACACGUUUUGAAACUAAUAAUAGAUACGAUAUUAAAAACAACUCAAACCAGAUGGUUUACAUCGUAAAUGAAGAUACAGAUGAUUUUACAAGGAAUGCGUAUAGGACACUAAGGCCCUUCGUCCUUCGAGUCAUUGACUGUAUGGGCCGAGAAAUCAUGACAAUGCAGAGACCUUUCAGAUGUACCUGCUGUUGCUUCUGUUGCCCCUCAGCCAGGCAAGAGCUGGAGGUGCAGUGCCCUCCUGGUGUCACCAUUGGCUUUGUUGCGGAACACUGGAACCUGUGCAGGGCAGUUUACAGCAUCCAAAAUGAGAAGAAAGAGAAUGUGAUGAGAGUGCGUGGCCCGUGCUCAACCUAUGGCUGUGGUUCAGAUUCUGUUUUUGAGAUCAAAUCCCUUGAUGGUGCAUCCAACAUCGGCAGCAUUAUCAGGAAGUGGAAUGGCUUAUUAUCAGCAAUGGCAGAUGCUGACCAUUUUGACAUUCACUUCCCACUGGACUUAGAUGUGAAGAUGAAAGCCAUGAUUUUUGGAGCUUGCUUCCUCAUUGACUUCAUGUAUUUUGAAAGAUCUCCACCGCAACGUUCAUCAAGAUAGAAGGACACAGCAAAUUAUCAAUUAUGGUUGAUAAAAAUAAUUUGAAAGUUUUGGAUUAGGUUUACGGUCAACCUUCAAUUAUUUGCAAGUAUAUUUCUCUGCUUUGCAGAUUAUUUUUGUUGGAAGUUAGCCUUGGCAGGUAGGCUGAGAGUGUGAUUGCAAGAACACAAUCUAAAUUGUAUUUCAAGUGAAUCUGUCUUCACUUGCUAGGCUAGGAGUUCAUCCUGAAAAGCUAUGACUCAUUAACCCAGCUAACAUAUACAGAAUAAUACGAAUAUACACUAUACACAUGAGGUUUGCAAAAUAUACAGUAUAAACGUGAGGUAAGGAAAAACGAACCCCAGAGCUCUCACAUUAAUAGGUAGCAAAAUUAUGGACUUUUUAUAAUAAUCUUUGUUAGGAUAAAAUAACUUGACUUCUAUCACCAACCCUAUGCUACCUUUUCUCUGCAUCACCAUGUCCUGAGACUGAAGACAAACUUGAUUCCACGCAAAAAGAAUGAUGCUCUUCAUCUUUAAAAGACAAAAAGAAAGGUAGACAGAAACAUUAUGUUUUAUUGUACUAG